UAGCAAUGCUGCUUCAUCAGUGAAAUGUAAUCUGCUGAGUACUCCUCGUUUACCUGUAUUCUCAAUGGAUGGUGACUUUAUUAUUGGAGGUGUUUUCUCAAUUGACUACAAACUGAAUACUCUGACUAAUGACUACAUCACCAAGCCUGAGCCUCUAACCUGCGAAAAGAGCCUUCUUUACCACCAAGUGCAUUUCUCUCGCACAAUGAUUUUUUCCCUUGAGGAGAUWAACAACAGCACAGAGCUGCUACCAGGUAUCAGACUUGGAUAYCAGAUCUAUGACUCAUGUGCUUCAGUGCUCGUAGCCACACAUGUAGCAUUGCAAUUAUCAAAUGGUCAGGACCAUGUGUUUUACAAAGAMAGCAAUUGUUCCCAGUCUGGUGCUAUGAUGGCUGUUGUUGGAGACUCUGCAUCAACGCCAUCCAUCAGCAUUUCACGAGUACUUGGGUCUUUUCAAAUUCCCCAGGUGAGCCACUCUGCCUCUUGUGCCUGUCUCUCAGAUAAGCAGCAGUUUCCAACWUUUUUCAGAACAAUUCCCAGUGAUCAGUUUCAAGCUGAUGCUCUGGCCAAGCUGGUGAAAUACUUUGGCUGGACUUGGAUCGGUACCAUUCACUCAGACUCAGAUUAUGGAAAUUAUGGCAUGGCAUCUUUUCUUGCUGCAGCACAGAGAGAGGGGAUAUGUGUGGAGUACUCUGAAUCCUUUUAUUGGACUAGCCCUCACAGCAAGAUCCAGAGAGUAGCUGAUGUUAUUCGCAGGUCAACAGCAAUGGUUGUUGUGGCGUUUUUAGACUCUACACAUAUGAAAGUCCUGUUAGAGGAACUGGCUCAGGAUCCUCCACCUCAGCGUCAGUGGAUAGGAAGUGAAGGCUGGGUAAAUGAUCCAGACUUGAUGAGCUUCAGUUUCUGUGAGGGUACCAUCGGAGUCACUCUUCAACAACUUGACGUCCCAGGGCUGGAAGACUAUCUGCUGGAUCUCUCUCCUACUGAAGUAGCUGCCUCCUCAGUCCUGACUGAGUUCUGGGAGAAUGCAUUCAACUGCACACUGACAGAAAAAGCUGAUUCAAGUAGAAGAGUUUGUAAUGGAACGGAAGACCUAAAAACUCUCAAAAGUCCGUACACUGACAUAUCUCAGUUAAGACAGAAUCACAUGAUGUACAGAGCUGUUUAUGCAAUAGCUCAUGCCAUUCACAAUGCUGCAUGUCCAGAAAAAAAUUCCACCCAUCAGUGUGAUAAAAAUGUCAAAUUGGAACACAAAAAGGUUUUAUCUGAACUGAAAAAAGUCAACUUUUCUAAAAAUGGUUAUCCUGUGUCAUUUGAUGCUAAUGGGGAUCCUGUGGCUUUUUAUGAGCUGGUCAACUGGCAAAAGAGUGAAAUCGGAGUUAUUGAGCUGGUUACAGUAGGAUAUUUUGAUGGAUCACUGCCAAAAGGCCAGGAGUUUCAGGUCAACAGGAACAUAACCUGGAUGGAGGGGACAUUUCAAGUUCCAGUAUCAGUGUGCUCUGAGAGUUGUCGUCCAGGAACUCGUAAAGUGUUGCAGAAAGGAAAACCCAUCUGCUGCUAUGAUUGUAUACCAUGUCCUGAAGGAGAGAUCAAUGCUCUCAAUUGCUUCCCAUGUCCUAUUGAAUUAUGGCCUAAUACAAAAAGAAAUGUUUGUUUCCCAAAACCUAUUGAGUUUCUGUCUUUUGAUGAAGUCCUGGCAAUCAUCCUGGCUGCAUUCUCUGUUAUUGGAGCCUGUCUGUCCAUCAUAACUGCAGUUAUUUUCUUUCGUCACAGAACAACUCCAYUUGUUAAAGCCAACAACUCUGAGCUGAGCUUCUUGCUGCUCUUCUCUCUGACUCUGUGUUUCUUAUGUUCAUUAACUUUCAUCGGAGCUCCCUCUGAHUGGUCCUGCAUGCUGAGACACACAGCGUUUGGUAUCACCUUUGUAGUAAUGUCAUGA